AGCGAUGGAGCCGCGCUGAGCUCGCCUCUGCAGGAUGCCGCACAAGGUUGGCUUUGUAGUCAUUAGCUCAUCAGGGCAUGAAGAUGGCUUCAGUGCAAAGGAGCUGAUGGUCCACGCACCAACAGUGAAUGGAUGGCGGUCACCGAGACUCUGUCAGUAUCCACAAGAAAUCACUCUGCAGUUGGUGGAGAGAUGUCGAAUACGAAAACUGCAGCUGCUUGCUCACCAGUACAUGAUACCAAGCAAAAUUGAGUUCUUCAUCAGUGAAAGCUUGCCUGAAUACUUUGCUCCUUAUCAAUCAGAGAGGUUUCACAGACUAGGUUAUGUCCCUCUCUCAGACAAUGAGAAGACAGGUUUCAAAGCUCGAGAGUUAAAAUCUGUGUAUAUGGAUGCGGUUGGCCAGUACCUGAAGCUGAUCUUCCAUAAAAAUUAUGUCAAUAAAUACAACUUGUACAGCCAGGUUGCCCUGGUAGCUAUAAAUGUUAUUGGAGAUCCAGCAGACUACAGUAAUGACAGCAAUAAACACCCUUCCAGAGAGAAGCUGAUAGACCACUACUUAGGAAUUAAAUCAGAUGAUCCUGCCUUAGAUGGAACAUACCUGGGGAAGUCUGACUCCAUCUCACCUCUGGAUGAUUUGGCUUUUGACAUGUACCAGGAUCCAGAAGUUGCUCAGAUAAUACGCAGACUGGACGAGAAGAAGCACGAAGCUGUCCAUCAGGAGCGCUACGAUUACGCCAAGAAACUCAAGCAAGCUAUUGCAGACUUGCAGAAGGUGGGGGAACGACUGGGACGGUACGAAGUGGAGAAACGUUACGCUGUAGAGAAAGAGGAUUAUGAUCUUGCUAAGAAGAAAAAGCAACAAAUGGAUGCGUACCGCCUGAAAGUAUAUCAGCAGCUGCAGCUCCACAACCUUCUGGAUGCUGAGCUGAUGACUCGAAAGCCACCUGACCUGCCUGUGGAGCCUGUGGUUUAUGAUAGUCUUCAGCACACAAAGGCUACAAGUUCACCUUCUUGUGAGAACACAGAACUGCAGAGCUCACAGGGCGAGCUGUGGAAAGCAGAGUCUUUGCUAGAAGAGAAGCCAACAGAACCUAAUUCUCCUGAGCCUGUUUUUCUCCAUCAGUCUACUCCUCCCACUCUGUCUCAUCCCACAACCUCCAGGGAAGUGUUUGCCCAAGAAGAGGUUGAAUUUUUACCUUAUGAUGAGAGACCUCUCCCAGCCAUCCAUAAACACUCGGAGGAAGCAGUUAGAUACCUCGAGCCAGAGAAGACUGAGGGAGACAUCAGUAAUACUCCAAGAAGUGGCAUUACUGGGGAACCAGAACCACUGAGUGAGAAGGCACUGAGGGAGGCCAGCCCUGCUAUUGAAGUUUUUGGAGAAGCUUUGGUCUCUGGAGCAUAUUCCAAAAGCUGGUCAUAUCGAGAAGAUGCAUUACUGGCUGUGUAUAAGAAGCUGAUGGAAAUGGCAGUAAGCACUCCAAAGGAGGAUUUAAAGAACAUGCUGAGGGCUGCUAUUUUUCUUGUAAGAAGAGCCAUAAAAGACAUCGUAUCUUCAGUUUUUCAAGCUUCCCUGAAACUUUUAAAAAUGCUCAUUACACAAUAUGUACCAAAACAUAAACUGGGGAAGCUGGAAACUUCUCACUGUGUGGAAAAAACACUUCCAGGUUUGCUCUCUAGAACAGGAGACUCUUCGUCCCGCCUUCGCAUCAUGGCUGCUAAAUUCAUUCAGGAAAUGGCACUGUGGAGCGAAGUGAAACCUCUCCAGAUUGUUCCAGUUCAUUUGGUUCAACCCUUAAAAUCGAAUUCCCCAACACAUCUGGCCAUGAGUCGAGUGGAAUUAGUUGAGUGCCUCUUGAAAGAGAUGGGAACUGAAAACUCAGGGUUUACCAUCAGCAAUGCCAUGAAGUUUGCAACAGGAGCUUUGGAGCAUAGAGUUUAUGAAGUUCGUGAUGUAGCACUGAGAAUUAUCUUUGAUAUGUACAGGAAACACAAAGCUGCCAUACUGGAAUAUCUCCCUCCAGAUGAUGCAAGCAUUCGGAAGACUGUUCUCUAUAAAACACUCUUUGAUGGAUUUACUAAAAUAGAUGGUAAACUUUCUGAAGCUGAAAUGAGGGCACAAAAAAAGGCAGCAACAGAAGAAGCAGAGAGACAGAAGAAGGCAGAAAUAAAAGUUCUUCAAGGUCAGCUGGCAGCUCUAAGGGAGAUACAAGCAGAAGUUCAAGCUGGAAAGGAAAAAGAGUCUGAUUUCCAGAAGACAAAAGAUCAAGGUUACAAAAGCCCACAGCCUGCAGCAGCAGAAAUUCCAGAUGAUCAUUCCUCUGUUGCAAAUUACUUGGAUAACUUAUGCAUUUUUUGUGGUGAAAGGAAUGAAUCCUUCACAGAGGAAGGACUGGAUCUCCAUUACUGGAAACGCUGUCCUAUGUUAACCAGAUGUGAGCACUGCAAACAGGUGGUAGAAAUAGCAAGCCUGACGGAGCAUUUGUUGACUGAGUGUGAUAAGAAGGACAGCUUUGGGAAAUGCCAGCGAUGCAGUGAAGCCUUUCCAAAGGAUGAGUUGCUCGACCACAUUAAGAGCAAGACUUGCAAUGCUGCCAAACCAGAAAAUGUGGCAAACCAUUGCCCACUGUGCCAUGACAACUUUUCUCCUGGAGAGGAGGCCUGGAAGUCACACCUCAUGGGCACGGAUGGCUGUGCAAUGAAUCUACGAAGGUUAUCCACCAUAAAUAAAACUAUUCCAAUGCAGCCUGGCAAAACGGGAGGCCACUAUUUGAAGAAACCAAGUCCUUCAAUGACCAAAGUUCGACCUCCCUCCAUAGGAAGCAAGAUCCCAACGCCAAGAGGAGGCCCGAAUAAAAGCUCAGGCAAAACGUACUCAAAGCAGUGAUAGGACAAGUGCUGUGGUUUGUAUUUUUUAUUUAAUAAUCGGGCAUGUCGUUAGUAAUGGCCAUUUAAAAAUUCUGAGCAACUUAGAUCUUUUCCAUAUGAGAACUGAGGCUGUGUGCAGGGCUGGAGCAGAGCAGUGAUGGCACUGCUCCACGGCUUCCACGGCAGCACUGUGGUUUUCUGAUUAGAAAGGAGCAAAUCCUCCAUUGCAGCCGCCCGCCUCGUUCCCCAUCGUGCACAAGGAAGGUGUGGCUGCUUCCUCGUCACAAAAACAGCCCAAACCAAACCCCGAGGAGUACAGCAUUCAUAUGGAGGGAUGCUGUGCUUACUGCCACGGUGAGCACAGCCCUGUGGCUGCUCAGGGGCUCCGUGGUGGUGGAGGUGAGCGAUGGUAUCAGCAGGCAUUUGGUGUAAGGUGGAAUGAAAAAUGUAUGUGCAUGUGAGAAGAAACGUGUAUCAGAAUACACAAAAUGUGUCACUAAAGAGCUGUAUGCCCUGUUCAGGUGAACUCCUGAACCGUUCAGUUGGUAAAAUACCAGUCCCAUAAGGCAGAAUUCUUCCUUACCUGUUUGUGUGAUUGAAAAAAAAGAGAGAGGGGCUGCAGUGCAGCUGAAAAAAGCUGUGAGGGCUUUUUGUUUUCCCUUUUGCAAAUCCUAGAGUGUUAACAGCAUUAAUACUCAGCUUAGCUGCUUUGUCAGGGCGUGUGCAAGGAGCACCCAGACCCGAGGGAUAUUUCAGUGCCACAAACCACGCGUGGCUGAGGGCGGCCCUCAGUGCUGAACCCUGGCUGUGAUUUAUGCCGUCAAGGAGUGAAUGCGUGGUGCUGCUUUGCACACACAGCACUGAUUUUAUAACACAGCUUGUGCGCAGCCUGCCUACAAGCGUGUGGAUUUCACAGGUAGAUCAGCACAGAUACACUUUGAAAGUCUUUAUAUGAAUUUUAACUCUUCCAAAUAUAUCAACAGUAUAUAUAUAUAUAUAUUCAUAAGGUUUGUAUAUUUAAUAUGGAUGUAUGCUUCCUUCCACGAGGGACCUGCAGGUUCCUGUGUUAGAGCCUCGCUCUAUGCAAGCAGAGCAGCAGCUGCAGCUGGUUGUGCUCAGAGCUGAGCAGGGCCACGGACUGCAGGCGUGGGGCUGCUGCACAGCGUGGUUCCUUUUGGAGCUGAACUGCGAGCUCUGCAUCGUGCGGAGGAAAAGAGAAAGAGCCGUUUGUGCGCUCUGGGUUGGCCAGUACGGCGCACACGGUUGCGAAGGCAGCUCUGCAUCGCUCCUCGAGCACGGCUUCUAAACACAGGCAGAACGUAAUUAAGACAGCUGAUGAGCUACAUGCGGGCAGCAGGAUCUGUGCUUCUGUUUUAUAACUGCACCGAGCCUUUUGAGAUACGCUUUUAAUAACCAAUAAAAGGUUUGAGCUAAAGAA